AUAAGGGGGAACUGAUGUGGAUAGGCGCAAUGUUUCCAGGGGAUGCUAAUUUGUAUUGGGGCCUGUGCUACCUUGUUUUAUGUCCCCCAGUAAAACUACUACAGAUCGUGACCGAGUUCUGCCUUAUUUAUCACGUGCGGUUAGCGGUGCUCAGCAUGAGGCUGACGCUUCUCCUCCGCCGGCCCUAUGACUUUGGAGAGCAGACUGUGGCGCACUGGUUCCCGGGGCACAUGGCUAGGGGGAUCAAACAGAUGAGGGCUAAACUGACCAAAAUUGACUGCAUUCUGGAAGUGCACGAUGCCAGAAUCCCAUUAUCUGGUCGGAACCCUCUCUUUAAAGAGUACCUUGGAAUUAAACCUCACCUGCUUAUACUCAACAAAAUGGACCUGGCAGACCUGUCUCAUCAAAAUAGGAUCGAUGCACAGCUAAAGAAAGAGGGAGUCAGAAAGGUCAUUUACACUGAUUGCACUAGGGAAGAAAACAUUCGGCAGAUCAUUCCAGCCAUUACAGAACGCAUGGGAUAUAAUCCUCGAUUUCACAGAGCAGAGUCCCCAGAAACCUGCAUUAUGGUAACUGGAAUUCCCAAUGUAGGAAAAUCCUCCCUGAUAAACGCACUGCGCAGAAUGCAUCUAAAGAAAGGGAAAGCCUCUAAAGUUGGGGGUGAACCUGGAAUCACCCGCUCUGUGCUUUGUAGAAUACAGAUGUCGGAGAAUCCUCUCAUCUAUCUGCUGGAUACACCAGGGGUCCUUUCGCCCCGCAUUGAGUCUGUUGAGACCGGAAUGAAGCUAGCGCUGUGUGGAACAAUCCUCGAUCAUUUGGUGGGUGAGGAUUUAAUAGCUGAUUAUCUCCUUUAUACUCUAAAUGAACAUCAACAGUACAGGUAUGUGGAGCAUUAUGAACUGGAUGGUCCCUGCUCAAACACAGAAACCCUUCUCAAGAAGAUUGCUGUUAAGCUGGGAAAGACACAGAGGGUGAAGGCCUUAACUGGUGUUGGAGAUGUGAAUAUCACUCUGCCAAACUACACUGCCGCUGCUUAUGACUUCAUUCGUACUUUCCGCAAAGGGAGUCUUGGUAAAGUGACUUUGGACUGAUGGAGAAUAAAGAUAUGUGAUUGGCUGUGGAGUACUAUGCCUUUAUCUAUGUGUCUACAUGGACCACAGGGAGAGUGUGAUCUCUGCUAUGAAAAGGGUGAUGCACAGGAUGAUGAGGAUUUGUUGCACGCUUCAAGAUCAGGACUAUACGUGCUCAGUUUUAUCUAUAGCAAUGCUUUCAUAUAGAAUGUAAUAAAUGUUAAUAAAUAUUAAUAUAUAAAUGUUUAUCAUCCUAUUAAAAGCCCAUGGUUUUUCACUCCCA